AUGUCGCAACAAAACCAUUCUAUUCUUCUCCACGAACCUGGAAUCUCCACGUCUCAACGUUUCGGUGCUGUUCAGAUCCGUCACGCUAUCGACAACGACUGGCCAGACGACUUCUCUCCUGAAGUUAUACCAGAUCUCAAGCUUGUUGCUGUUUUCAGCGACGAGAAACAUUGGGGCUUGCAUCUGGAAAAUGCAGCUGGCGAAAGAGUCAUCAAUGCCAUGACACCGUCUGACGUUUGUCCUGGCGCCAUGAUUUACUAUGGGACCAAGGACGGCAUCAGAAAUGCUUGCCGUACGGCCAUGUUACUCGCCAAUACUCCGCACGUCUCCUUCAUGAUCGUUAGACUCUGCCCAUGUUUCGAGAUCAACCCCAAUCUUGCCAAGCGCAAAGGAACUCUCCGCCUUCGUGUGGCCGAUACUCACGACUACGCCGGCCUCAGAAACAACAUCUCAAUGUGCUCUCGCGAGUUGACAGGCCAAUCUCCUGUCUUUAUUCUUCCCUGUCGAGAGGAUCGCGCACUCUUGUCAGAUAGCGACGAGGUGGUGAAGAAGGCACUUGUCUUGGAGGAGGUGGAUGGUGGAAUACUGACAUGGGGACGUCUACUCGGUCACAUUGAAACAGGUCAGAUGAAUGGCGUGGGGCAGCACGUUUUCUUUGGUCCGCUGGUGUCUGUUUGA